AUGAUGGCGACCCGCCGCCCUUUGCGGGCCCUCUCUGGUAGCCCCAAGGCCUCCCCCAUCCGCCGAUAUGUCAGCGGGACCAGCAACGCCAAAUCAUCCAUCACAGCAACCUCGGCCAGCAGCCUGUUGCACCAGACAUCCCCGUCCCCCAAGAAGAAGGAUGCCGACUCCCCGCUCGCAAAGCUCCCUCUUUCCGCCGUUUUGCGGUCCUUGAUGAUUCUCUCGGUUUCCUCUUCUUCUCUUCUGCUGAAGCCAUGUAUCUACACCCUCUCGGUGCUCGCUCAUCCCAAGACCGUUCUGCUCGAUGUGGCCAAGAAUCCCUUACUGAAUGCUCUCGUGAAACAUACAAUCUAUAAGCAGUUCAACGCGGGUGAGAACAAGCUGGAGGUCCAACAGUCCAUUCGCGCAAUCAAGAGCCUGGGUUACAGAGGGGUGCUGCUGGGUUAUGCGAAGGAGGUCCUGGUUGGAGAGAGCAAUGUCGAUCCUCUCGAUGAGACCGCCGCUCGGGAAGAAGUCCAGAUGUGGUUGGAUGGUACCCUUCAGACCGUCGAUAUGGCCCAGGAAGGGGACUUUGUUGCCUUGAAAUUCACCGGUAUGGGUACCCAGGCACUCAGUAUUCUGCAGCAACAAGCCGCUCCCUCUCCCUUCAUGGACAGCGCCAUCCAGAAGGUUUGUGAUCUGGCUAUCUCUCGCAAUGUUCGUCUGCUGGUCGACGCCGAGGAGCAGGCCGUGCAGCCCGGCAUUGAGAACUGGACCAUGAAAUAUCAAAAAUACUGCAACUCCCAGACCCCCGGCCGCGCCAUCUUCUACAACACCUAUCAGGCCUACCUGCGUUCGACCCCGGCCACUCUCGCCAAGCACCUGGAGAUGUCGCGCCAGGAGGGCUACACCCUCGGCGUCAAGUUGGUCCGUGGGGCCUACCUGAAGACCGAGCCUCGUCACUUGAUCUGGGCCGAAAAGGAGGAGACCGAUGCAUGCUAUGACGGUGUGGUGGAAGCCCUACUGACCAGACGGUACAAUUCCAUGCUCAAGUCCGCAUCCGAGCAGCACAAGACGGAGCUCCCUCCCGUCAAUGUCAUCAUCGCCACGCACAACCGCGAAUCCGUCCAGAAGGCACAUGCUCUUCGUCUCCAGCAGGCGAGCCGUGCCGAGGACAAAGGCGUUGAUCUUUCCUACGCUCAGCUCCAGGGUAUGGCGGAUGAGGUCAGCUGUGAACUCCUGCAAGGUUUCCCGGCCCCCGAAUCAGGCGUCAAGAACUCGUUUGUCGAAUCCCCCAAUGUGUACAAGCUCCUCACCUGGGGCUCCGUCAAGGAGUGCAUGGGAUUCUUGUUGAGACGCGCCGUCGAAAACACCGAGGCGGUUGCACGCACGAAACAAUCCCAGGAAGCUAUGUUUGACGAGCUCAAGCGGAGGGCUCGCAAGGCUUUCCGCCUCAGCAACUAA